AUGGCUGAGCCUGAUACGCACUCUCAGCGACGGUCCUCGUCCCAGGCCUCAUCUGUGUCGAGCAGGAGCCAAAAGGCUAAGACACUUCGUGCUAAAGCCCCAAAACGGCAUUCGGCCUCCAACACCCCGAACACGCCCAAAACACCGACAGACCUGACCUCGUUUCCUUCGCUUUCGCCGCCCAAUGAUACUUCUACCCUCACCCGAGGUUUGUCAAAUGCGCUCUUGACCGACUUUGAUGAAGAUGGUGCUGGCGAAACGAAUCGCGGCCGUAAGGCCACAUUGGCACGGCUUACAAGUGGCUUGUCCAAUACCUCCGACCGGGCAGCGCUCUUUGAAGACUCCGUUCCAACGCGCGAUAUCCCCGGCGCUUUGCACCUAGCCGAUGACGCGCAUAUCGAACGACUGAUCGCGAAUACAGGCGCCACGAAGAUCGUGAGGCAAUUCGCGCGCGAUCUAGCCCAACGAGAUGCGGAAAUCUCGGCGCUCCGACAACGUGCCGAUGCGAGGGAGCGGGAGUUGAAGAGAAUGCUUCGGGAGGUGUCUGUCUCCAGUCAAGAUAUCGAGCGUCGACUGUAUCAGCUGGAAAAUUCGCCACGAGAUGAUCACAGAUCGGACGGUGAAAGCAGCAAUGACCAGACGGGCCAAUCCUCGGGCCUCAAUGGACUCAUGUCCCAGGCGAUGACCGAUGCCGUUGGCUCUCGGCUCUACGUGGAGCCACUGAAUGACUCUGGAGAUCUCCAGGCUACAAUACGCGCUCAAAGAUCAGAGAAUGAUACCCGCAUGGGCGGCUCCAGCACGGAUUCAAGCAAUACGCGAAAACGACAGAGCUCCGGCCGCGGCUGGCAAGAGUAUAUUUUCGGCUCGACCUCGGCCAGUCGGAAGACGAGCCGUGCAAGCAGCGUCAAAAGCGACAUGGGAGAGAUUGAAGAAGAAAACACUGAACACCUCCGAGUGCCGAGCAAUCCUUCACGACGCAAAGCUCUCGAUGAGCAGCUGUUUCAACCGCCAGGCGCCCAGCCUAGUGAUGGAUCAGGACGUCGGCUUGCUAGCGCUUCUACCAACGGCGACGAUGCUAGCAUCCACUCUCGCAAAUCCUCUCGCUCUAUGGGUUCGUGGACAGUCAAGUUGUUUGCAGGACAGUCUACAAAAGACUCGAGUGAUUCCGAAACCGGCCGCAAUCAGACAUCUGGAAACCAGGUUAAAGACAAAGCCACCCCAUCUACAUUUGCGGCUUCUUCCAAAGGUGGUUUGUCUGCGGUGGCUGCAUUGAAGCGAAUCAACAGUAAUGCCAGUCUGCCUCCACCUGGCCGCUCUACCAGUGGCUCUAUCAGUACACCCAAGAUGAACCCGUCGACUGGGCGCAGAAGUGCAGCCGGUAGUGUCUCUCAAGGAGGCCCACCCGAGGUCGCAGACCGCAGCUCGACCAACCUCGGCCCUGUUGAGAUGGACGCUAUUCUCCCCCUCGAGUCCCGACCCCCAACUCUCACGCAAACCUACAACGACUCUCAGUCGGGCGAAUUCCUGACGGACCGAUUCGGGUUUAUUUAUGAUCAGCGGCGAAAGAAGCGCCAGCGGGAAGCCAAUGCUCUCAAAAGCAGCAGUCGCCCUCUGAGCAUAACCGAGACACUGGGUAGUCGGCGCAGCGACGCGUCUGAUCCUGAAGAUGAUAGUGAAAUCACCCAGACUUUGCAAACAGCCACUGCAACACCAAGUUCGCCGCCAGUUUCACCUGAAGACCCUGACAGUGGGUCUGUUGGACUACGUCGUUGGCAGGACUAUUUGAAAAUGCCGUCUCGGCCAACUGAGCUGUUGUCUCAUACGCCAUCUGCUGCUCCGAUCAUCUCUUUGACGACUGCGGGAGACAGUCGUCCUCAUAGCUCAUCCGGAGCAAUCGACAAAAAUGUACCGUUGUCUGUCAACUCCAGCGCGCAGCCAUCGGUGUCCACAUCAGCAGUCACCGCUGGCCGUCCCGAGCUUGCGGGUGUAUCAUUCGAUGAAGCCGCCACCGCGCACACAUCAGCUCGCGCUACUCCCACUGAUACCGAGCCGGUGAAGUUGCUUUUGGAGCAAUUGACGGAUCUGCACGAUACACUGCAGCGUGACCGCACGGUGAGGUGGAAUGAGUUUCUGCGCAAAGUGCGUGCUGAGCGUAGGAAAGAAGGCGAAGCAGCAGCGGCCGCGGCGGCUUCUGAUCGGACCGUGACGGCGGUUGACACGCCAGAAGCCAGCCUCGCGGACGGUGAGGUCGUUGGUAUUGCUGGUCUGGGCAACAAAGGCAAGGUUGGCCGUGCCAAGUGGCGUGAAUUCCGGUCACUUGUCCUCGGUGGUAUCCCCGUUGCUCUCCGGGCCAAGGUCUGGUCGGAAUGCAGCGGCGCAUCUGCGAUGCGAAUCCCCGGUUACUACGAUGAUUUGGUGCGAGGAGUCGGCGGAUCGGAACCGGAUUCGUCAGUGGUAGCACAGAUCGACAUGGACAUUCGCCGUACGCUCACCGACAACGUCUUCUUCCGCAAGGGACCCGGCGUUCUAAAGCUCAAAGAAGUGCUUCUCGCUUACUCACGCCGCAACCCGGAGGUGGGCUACUGCCAGGGCAUGAAUCUCAUUGCGGCGUCUCUGCUGCUUAUUAUGCCUACAGCUGAGGAUGCUUUUUGGAUCCUGACGUCGAUGAUUGAAGUCAUCCUGCCACAACACUAUUAUGAUCACGGUCUUUUGGCGUCUCGUGCUGACCAGAUGAUCCUCCGGCAGUACAUCUCUGAGCUGCUGCCCAGACUGUCGGCCCAUCUGGAAGACUUGGGAAUUGAACUGGAAGCAUUGACGUUCCAGUGGUUUCUUUCUCUGUUUACCGAUUGUCUCUCGGCUGAGGCACUGUACCGUGUGUGGGACGUGGUCUUGUGCCUUAAUGUGUCCAGUGCUGUGGCCAAUGGUCCCGCCACGGCUGCAUCAAAUACAAAAGAAGGCGGCGACAAGACAUCCCAAACAGCAGAAGACCAGUUAUCUGGCAGCGGAGGGGGAAGCACAUUCCUCUUUCAAGUUGCGUUGGCGCUGCUGAAGCUUAACGAGCAGCAGUUGCUCACGACCUGCUCGACACCCGCUGCCCUCUACACCUACAUCAACCACCAGAUGACCAACCACGCUAUCAGCAUUGACGGACUAAUCCAGGCCAGCGAGGCCCUUCGAAAUGUCGUUCGCCGGGAGGACGUGGUCUCGCGCCGAGCCACUACACUGCAGGAAAUGCGUGGCGGCAGGAUUUAA